AUGAUUUGGGAACCGAUCGCGAGAUACGGACCGUUGACUCGACUCAAACUCUAUCUCCACAUCGAUUGUAAGCAAAAGCCGUUGUCUUCGGAUGUGUUGACGGCGUAUCUGAAGACUCGGAGACCGUUUUGGAGCUCAUAUUUCGUGCGAUACAAGUCUGUAGUGAACGACCAGUUCGGGUGCUCUCACUUCAAUUGGUCCGUCGGUGACGACAAUUACCACGUUUUGCGUAUCGGUUGCUAUCCAUUCAUUAAAUACCACUGCACUCGACGGACACUACAAGAUCUCACUCUUGAGGACCGAUUGUUUACUUGUGUUCCGUCGCUAAUGUAUGGACUGUCGGCUCUUUUUCUCGCAAAAGUCACGCAAACUGUUAAUACAAACAAAGGAGAAGUUGUUAUCUAUUUCUACGAGAAAGAAGUACCAAACGCUCGCUUUUGA